AUGCGCGUCGAGCGCCGAUCAACCGACAAAUCGCAAACUACCAUAGCAACCCCUUUACCUCCAAUGGAGUCAAAAAAGGACGAUCGCAGGCCGAUUCAUCGCGAGCUUCCGGAAAUGUUUCGACCGCCCAUCAACCGUGCCAUGCGCACGCUCGACCGAUCAUUUUUCCAACGAAUCGUGCCCCUCUCCGCCGCGCGGAUUUUCAAAGCUAGCGACAUUGCGAAGAUCCGCAAGGAGCUGACCAAGAGCAAUGAUGUCUUGGCUGUUCCUCGCGUUAAUGCUGUCCGUCAUAUGGAGGGCAACGAUGGGUCUUCACUUAAGGCUUUGUUGUUGCGGGAGGAUCUGAAGGCUGAUGAUCAGUCUACUUGGUCACCAACUAUCUCAGAGCUUGUCCAGAGGGGAACUGUUGAUCUUGCAUUCUAUGAUUUGACAUUGGAUUAUGACUACUGGACAUAUGCUGAAAUUAUCCACUCCAUUCUACCUGAGGACAUGGAUGAGAUUCCUCAAGGCUUCACGCAGGUGGGCCACGUCUUGCACCUUAACCUCCGCGCAAACUAUUUCCCAUACAAGCACCUAAUCGCUGAGAUCCUCAUGGAUAAAAAUCCAACCAUCGAAACCGUGAUCAACAAGACCGAAGACGUCGGCUCGCACAGCCAAUUCCGCACCUUCCCAUUCGAACUACUGGCAGGCAAGAACGACCUAAACGUCAUUCAACACGAACAAGACUGCGAAUUUCGCUUUGACUACUCCCGCGUAUACUGGAACAGCCGUCUGGAAACCGAGCACCGCCGUCUAGUCGAGAAGUUCCGUCCCGGCGAGAUGGUAUGCGACGUGAUGGCGGGUGUAGGGCCCUUCGCCGUGCCAGCAGGCCGGAAGAAGAUCUUCGUCUGGGCCAAUGACCUCAACCCCCACGGAUACGAGGUGAUGCAGGAUGCAGUGCAGCGCAACAAGGUGGCCGACUUCGUGACGCCGUUUAACGAAGACGGACGGGACUUUGUGCGUGCCUCGGGAACCAGACUUCUUGAAGCUGGACCUGUUACUGUUACCAUCCCGCACAAGGUCCGCCGGGAUAAGAAGCGCAAGAUUGAAGCUGGAGAAGAGGAACAGCUUCCCCCACCGCCCAAAUAUACCCGUCCUUCCUUUGUCGAUCACUAUGUUAUGAACCUACCUGCGGAUGCCAUUGAGUUCCUCGAUGCCUUCCCUGGUGUUUACAGCGGCAAGGAUGAACUUUUUGCACCAAACACUGAGCAGAAGUUGCCUAUGGUUCAUGUCUACUGUUUCUCUGGAAACUCUGAUAACGAGGUUGAGGACCACAUCGAUAUCUGUCAGAGGAUCUCUGAGCGCAUUGGGUACAAGGUCACUAUUGAUGACCGUGUUGGCGGUAGUGGUGACCAGGAAGUUGAGCUUGCCAUUCAUAAUGUGAGGCUCGUCAGUCCCAAGAAGCAGAUGUUCUGCGCUAGCUUCCGCCUGCCGAAGGAGGUUGCUUUCCGCAAGGUGUGA